AACGUUGUACGUGGCUUCAAAUGUGGGGAAGGAGUUAGAAGGAUGCUUAAGCUAGCAACCUGAGAGUGUUAGUACAAAACUAAUGCACAUGUUUAUAUUUGGAGGUUACAGAUUUGUCACGAAUGUCCAAUUCCAUUUGUAUUGGGCGAGAUUGCUUGUCUCAUUUUGACAGCCCAUCCAGCUAGCAUUGGCGAAGGCGCGGUUUUGCAAGCCAUAACAGCUCUGUGGGUUAACGUUAGCUAGGCAGCUACUGUAGUUUGCUAGCAUAUCCUCGAUAAUCAAUAACCAAUUAAUAUGGCAAGUGUGGAGUCGUCGACGGAAUUCACUAGUUCGCUCACUGUCUCGUCUCAUCUUCCGCCACCACGGACGCGGAUUUUCAAGAUCAUCGUGAUUGGGGACUCCGGUGUGGGCAAGACCUGCCUCACCUACCAAUUCUGUGCGGGCAAGUUUCCGGAGAAAACCGAGGCCACGAUCGGGGUGGACUUUCGGGAGAAACUUAUCGAGAUUGACGGCGAGAACAUCAAGGUCCAGCUAUGGGACACGGCGGGUCAGGAGCGUUUCCGUAAGAGCAUGGUGCAGCACUACUACCGCAACGUGCAUGCUGUGGUGUUCGUGUACGACGUGACCAGCGCCGCCAGCUUCCGCAGCCUCCCGGCCUGGAUCGAGGAGUGUAAGCAGCACGCCCUGGGCCAGGAAGUCCCGAGGAUCCUGGUUGGGAACAAGUGUGACCUGCAGAACUCUGUCCAGGUGGGCACAGACUUGGCCCAGCAGUUUGCUGACGCCCACUCCAUGCCCUUGUUCGAGACAUCUGCCAAGAACCCCAGCAGCGACGGCCAUGGUGACGGUAGCCAUGGUACCCGGGGAAACAGUGAUCACGUGGAGGCCAUUUUCAUGACGGUAGCCCACAAGCUGAAGUCCCAGAAGCCACUGAUACUGAGCCAGCCACCCGGGGGGGACACGGUGACCCUGACGAGGGGAAGGGACGAGGGCGAGAAGGCGAGCUGGGCCUGUAUGUGCUGAGAGAGAGCAUUGGGGGGAGCGAGAGAGGAAGGUUGUGGGGAGAUAUAGGAAUCAGGGUAGAUUCCUCUACUUCCAAUAUCAGGGUAGAUUCCCCCCCCAACAGUUAAGCACCUUUUUAUUAUUUAAGUGGAUGUUUGGUCACCUGAGAGAUGGGGUGAUGUCAUCAUAUUACAAGAGUUCAGAUGCCCUCAGUCUUUGUCAACACACAUUUCACUCACCUCCUGUGCUCCACCUUGACCGUGUGUUACCACACACACAUUCUGUGUUAGGAGGUAGUCCUGACGGUGUUAGCACUGUCAUCAUAUGGUAAACAUCUCAGUGACAUGGGAAAGCUAAGGAUAAAAAGGAACUUGUCUGAAGUGAAUCUUGUUGACUGGUUCCACUGAACUGUGUUUGAGCUAGAAAACUGUUGGCCAGAUUGAUGUACAACAUAUUCAAUUUACACACACACACACACCUCAUAGUAUACAGCAGGCAAUAUCAGUACACAUCACUCGGGUGUUUCUGUACCAAAAUACCCAUCCAUCGGGUUUAUAAUUGUGCCCCUACGCAAGUCCCACAAUAUACAACAGUUUUCUUAAGCAAAGUUAUGAUCUUCUGUAGCAUGUCUUGCAUAAGUAAUGUCUAUAAAACAACUAUUACAAUAUACAAAAAAUACCAUGUAUCUUAAAUCUUUUCUAACUGUAACAUGUUUUCUACCCUAUGAUGUCAUCCCAAAUGCCUUCACUACCGUCACCAUUGCUUUGUGCGUUUGGAUCACAGCUGGUUCUGUGGUGCAAUGUUUUACGUGUGUUUGUGAGAAAUAUGUGUGGUAUAACAUCAGAUAAAUGUUCAGUACUGUGAGUGCAGCACGGUGUGAUGCUGCACUAACCACUCCGCCUGAUGAGUUCAGUGAUAAUGUGGGGCAAGACUCGUCAUCAUUCCCUCUUCAUAAUCUGCUUUGGCAAAGAAAUGAUGACAACUGCUAUCGAUGCCGGGGUAUCUUUAUCUUUACAACAAGCCUGUAAAAUGUGUCAAAAGUAGUGGUGAGGAGAUUGAUCACCUGUAUUGUUGCCGUUGAACCUUAGCUAAUAGACCUGCUUCUUUGAACAUGGGACAGUUGCAAAGAAACCCCACCAGUGAAAUUACCCUCUAAUGAAGACGGUUGGUGUUUAUGUACUGUAUGUCAGAUUACCAGGAAGUCUUGUCGUAUAAUUACCCUCUAAUGAAGACGGUUGGUGUUUAUGUACUGUAUGUCAGAUUACCAGGAAGUCUUGUCGUAUAAUUACAGUUUUUAGCCAGUAGAGCACAGAUGCCACCCCACAUUAUGUCAACACAAUCAAUCAAAUUGAUUUAUAAAGCCCUUCUUACAUCAGCUGAUGUCACAAAGUGCUGUACAGAAACCCAGCCUAAAACCCCAAACAGCAAGCAAUGCAGGUGUAGAAGCACAGUGGCUAGGAAAACACAACAAUUAGCUGCGCUAAAGUACUGUGGGCUUAGAUAGCCUUUUCUCAGGAUACAGUUCAAUUAAAAGAUUUUCACUCUCUCCGACCUGUUGCCCUUAGUUUGGUCUAUAGAACUAGGCAAGGGGGGAAAAAUGGUAGGCUUUAUCAAUUGCCUUGCACUCUUGUUUUGCUUACAUGUGGUCUUCACUGCUUUAAAUAUAUAUUUUUAUGUGUUCUGUUAGUGCUCUGUGUAGUUAAUUUGUCAUUUCAGGUUAAUCAAUUAUUUUUUUUCUGUUCAUUUUAUUUGGCCUAUUUGAUACAAAGGUAUCUGUUUGAGAAAGACACCGUUUAUUUUAACGAGACUGAUCACUUCAGGAAAGAACUACUGGGAACAAAACAAGGGAGUAAAGCCUUGCAAUGGUUUAUGGAUUACAUUACAAAUGUUAUGUGUAACCUUGCAAUAAAGCAUCCUGAACAUUUCAA